CCCAACCCCAAGUGGGAGGAUUCAGGAUGUCAGCCAAGAUGUGACAGAAGCGAUGGGACGCUGAGAGUGUGAAGUAACGAGCACUGCACGACGGGAACAGCAAAGUUUAUAUACAACCAAGAAAAUAAAAAUCACGUAAAAUGGCGACGCAGUAUUCUGACCUUGAGAAGGCCAUUAACACCUUGGUCACAAACUUCCAUGCUGCUUCUUCUGAUAAUCAGCCUACACUGAAGGCAGAUGAGUUCAAGAGCCUCCUCUCCUCCCAGCUGCCAACUUUAAUCAAGUCGGAUAAUUUUGCAGAUGUGAUGAAGCAAAUGGGUGUGAAAGAUGGGGAAGGCAUCAGCUUCAAACACUUCUGGAGCCUGAUCCAGAAUUUGGCCACAACCCAGCAUGGUCUGCUGAGGAACGAGAAGCUGUCCAAAUGCACCUGCCUUUUACUAUGAGUCAUGGGCUCCAAUUGCAUCUGCCACAAAGAUUUGGUCUCUCUGCAUCUCUGCAUUUUCCAGAACCUCUCAUCUCCAAACAAAACACUAACUUUUCUUUCUAAGCAUUCCAAUAAAUAAAAUUAAAUUAAAAACAAAACAUAAAUGUAAAUCUUAAUGCACAAACCAGUUAUCUACUUCAUAUUCCAUAAUUGAAGUGGAGUCCAAUUUGUUUUCAUUUGCAACUGGAGUUUAAGCUUCCCACAAGUGCAUUUAACAAGUGUUUCUUAGUCAAUAAUAAAUAAAUUAAAUAAAUAAGUUAAA